AUGGGUGAAAGUCAAGACUCAAAACUCGCACCAGGAAUGGUUAUGGGUCCGGACGGGAAGCCAUGUAAAGCGUGCACCAGCGGCGCAGCCUUCAAAGGCUGGCGUCCAACAGCAACAAAAGCGGCAGCAGCAAUUGGAAGUGCAACUCUUGCAACAACCACCUCAACUUCAAGCUGUCCUCCCGACAAAGACCAGCUCGGCCAUGCGACGUGGACCUUCCUCCAUACAACGGCUGCUUACUACCCAACCCACCCGACCCCCCACCAACGAACUCAGAUGCUUGCUCUUAUUGGGUCGCUUCCGGCACUCUAUCCAUGUUCCCAUUGUGCGGAGGACUUCGGAGAGAGUUUAAAGCGGAAUCCUCCGGAUGUUAGUGGGCGGGCCGGUUUGAGUCGCUGGUUCUGCCAGAGACAUAACGAGGUCAACGAGAAGUUGGGGAAAGCGGCAUUUGACUGUGCUAAAACGGACGAACGGUGGAAGGAUGGGCCAGCAGAUGCUUUUUGUGAUUGA